AUGAAUAUUCUGCCCAUUUUGCUGGACGAUGGCGAGAAGCCUUCGAUUGGAACGGCGGCGCGGGGGUCUCAAGUCUAA